AUGGGAAAUAAAAAUGGAACAUACGAUGCAUUGAUCGAUGAAACAAAGAAUCUGCUCAUGCAACGAACUGGAAUGUCACAGUACGAUUUAGAAUUAUGGUACAAAGCAAUAUUAGAUCGAUCGAAAAAGGGCAAAUUGUCCAAAGAACAAAUGAUCUCGAUCUAUAAAGAUAUGAGCGAUUUAGAUCCGACACGUAUUAGUGAUGUAGUCGAUUCAUUAGCGAAUGUUUUCGAUGAGGACCGUAGUGGCACUGUUGAUAUAAAUGAAUUCAUGCGAGGAUUUAUAUUAACAACCAAAGGUGAUUUACAAUCCAAAAUUGAAUAUACAUUUCGAAUCUACGAUCAGAAUGGCGAUAAUCAAAUCUCGGGCGAAGAAAUUAAAAAAAUGGCUGAUGCCAUUCUACGAAUGUUAGGUGCAGAAGAAAGACAAUUUACCGGUGGUGAGCAAGGGGUGAUCUACAAGCACGAUUUUAUCAAAACUGUCAUGGCCAAUCGAGAUCUCUUGGCAAUUCUCUCUCCAUUCUAUGCGUUUUUGUGCACAUAUCAAUUAGACAUCAAUAAUGAGAAGAAGAAUUCGUACGAAACAAUAAGGUCUUCUCGAUCAAAAGAAAGCGCGUAUGUUUAUGUACGAGAAAAAAUUCGAUGUUCAAACGGAAACCGAUUGUAUUGGAAUUGA